AUGACCAGCUACUUCCAGCACCGAUCGGUGGCGGAGCUGACGUUGGCGAGUCCCGAGUGGCUGCAGGAGAAGAACGUCCAGCUGAUCUUCGCCAGGGCCAGGUGCAUCAAGCGCGAGCAGCGGCGGGUCGUCUACGAGGGUCCCAACACUACCGGAGAGAUCGAGUACGAUGAGCUGGUGCUGGCCACCGGCAGCUCUCCUUUUGUACCUCCUGUGCCGGGCUUGAAGCCCUCUCUUCCUGGCGUCUUCCUCUACCGGACCAUCGAGGACAUGGACGGCAUCAUCGCGCGGGCGGCUUGCGCGGGGAAACGGGCCGCGGUCAUUGGCGGCGGCCUGCUGGGGUUAGAGGCUGCCAAGGCAUUGAUGGACUUGCGGAUGGAGGUGUCAGUGCUGGAAGCGGCGCCGAUCCUCAUGUCCGCGCAGCUGGACUUCGUGGGGGGCCCCGGACGGAGUGGCACUUGCGCGCGGCAGGGGUGCAGGGUGGCCGGGAGCUUGCUGGAGAAGCGGCUGGCGAAGCUGGGGCUCCAGGUCUUCACGGGGGUCGAGCUGCAGGAAGUCUUGGGCAACGAUGCUGGGGUGCGCUACGUCAAGCUGCUGCGGAAUGGCGAGGAGACCUUUUUGGAGAUGGACCUGUUGGUGGUCUCCUGCGGCAUCCGCCCGCGCGACGAGCUGGCGCGGGAGGUUGGCCUGGAGCUAGGCGAGCGCGGCGGCGUCAAGGUGGAUAGCUGCCUGCGCUCGAGCGAUCCUCACAUCUACGCGGUGGGGGAAGUGGCCGCCUACGAGGGCGGACUGGUCUACGGGCUGUGGAAGCCCGGAGCGGAGCAGGCGGAAGUCCUGGCCGCCGUCCUUGGCUCGCCCGUUUCGUCGCCUGGAAGCGCGCGGUACCACGGCAGUGACCUGUCCACCAAGCUGAAGCUGCUGGGGGUGAACGUGGCCUGCUUUGGCGCCAACGCGGAGUUUUGGAAGAACCGCAUCUUCGACUUCCAGGACGGCCAGGCCAACAUUUGCGUCACCACAGCACUGGACGCCGCCUCUUUCAGGUACCGCAAGCUCAUCUUCCGGCGCCUGCCGUGCGGCAGCCGGCGCCUCAUCGGCGGCAUCCUUGUGGAGAGCGUGGAGGACUACCCUUUCCUUUGCGACCUGGCGCGGUGCGGCCGCGAGCUCUGGGGCCUGGAGCCAGUGGUGAUGACCCACGGGCCCUCAGCCAAUCCAGGAAUGAUCGAGGAGCAGGUGUACCCCACGUUGCGUGCCCCGAAGAGUUUGGCGGAGCUGUACGCGCCAAAGCGCGUGGUGAUUGUGGGCUACGGACCCAUAGGGCACGCAGUGAUUCAGAACCUUGUGGAGCAGGAGAGAGCCGUAGCCAUCACUGUGAUCUGUGAAGAGCCCCGAGCUGCGUACAACCGGGUGGCCAUGACUAGCUACUUCCAGCACCGAUCGGUGGCGGAGCUGACUUUGGCCAGUCCCGAGUGGCUGCAGGAGAAGAACGUUCAGCUGAUUUUCGCCAAAGCCAGCUGUAUCCAGCGCGACCAGCGCCGGGUUGUCUACAAGGGUCCCACCACCGCAGGAGAGAUCGAGUACGAUGAGCUUGUACUGGCCACCGGCAGCUCUCCGUUUGUACCUCCCGUGCCGGGCUUGCAGCCCUCUGCUGGCGUCUUCCUCUACCGAACCAUCGAGGACAUGGACGCCAUCAUCGCGCGGGCCAAAGGCCGGCGAAAAGCCGCGGUCAUCGGUGGUGGCCUGCUGGGAUUGGAGGCCGCCUGA